AUGUCGGCUUCUUUUCCUUUGCUUCUUCUUUUGCUGUUCGGUCCUAUUUUCUGCUUGGGCCAUCCACGUCUUCUUGGCGACCCAGCGCGCUUUUCGCAGUUGAAGUCCUCCAAUUAUACCUGGCAGACGAAGUUUCUCGAUGUUCCUCUCGACCAUUUCGCGUUCACUACCAACCGCACUUUUCCGUUAAGGUUUCGUUUUUUUAAAGGGGGUUCAGACACUUCCACGGCCAAUUAAGAAUUUUUAUUUUAGAAAGAGGCGUCUUUUUGAAAACAUUUUGAUGAACAACCUGAGUUUGAUAAAAGGUUGUACAAAAUUCUUCUUUUUUUUUAACAAUAGCACCUAAAUUCAAACGAUUCUGAGUUUGAUAAAAGGUUGUAAGCAUUUUGUCUUAUUUUUAUUUUGAAAAGAUGAAAUUUGAUGAUUAUAUUUUGAAAUUAUCUGUGAGGAAAAUGGUGAAACCUGUACUUUGUGAAUACAGAAUUCGGAAUUUUCCGAUUUUCACGUUUCAAUUUUAAAAUGUUGCCCAGGUAUUUCAUAAACACGGACAGCUACAAAGCCGGCGGCCCGAUCCUUUUCUACACUGGAAAUGAAGGAAGCUUGGAAUCGUUUGCGGAAAACACGGUGAUUCUCAAGAUAAAGGAAUGUUUUUACGAACUUUUCUUCCAGGGCUUUAUGUGGGACCUAGCGCCCAAGUUGAAUGCUUCUGUCGUCUUCGCCGAGCAUCGCUUCUACGGAGAGUCGAAGCCUUUCAAGUAUCCCCUCUAUUGGUUCACUUGUUCUAAGAAGCCCUAUAGGAACGAGAGUUAUUCCAAAAUCGAAUACCUUGGUUACCUGACGUCUGAACAAGCGCUCGCCGACUUUGUUGACGUAAUAUGGCACUUGAAAAAUAAAGUUUGGAUUUUUCGAUAAUUUUAAUUGGAAAAAAUUGUCAGGAACUGCAAGGUGCCAGCAAGUCUAAGGUUGUCGCUUUUGGAGGGUCUUACGGUGGAAUGUUGUCGGCGUGGAUCCGACUCAAGUAUCCUCACAUUGUUAAUGGGUUUUUCUUGUUUCGGAAGACCUUGCAAAACUAAUUUCAGAGCGAUUGCCGCCUCCGCCCCGGUUUUUUGGUUCAUCGAGUCGAAAAUACCCGAAGAUAUAUAUGACAAGGUACUUUUAUUUCACAUUUUCCGAUAUUUCUUUUUGAUAUAUAAAAAUCAUAGAUUGUUUCACGAACCUUCAACACGUCCGGGUGCAACUGGAAAGCCGUGGAAAAGUCUUGGAUGGUCUUGGAUUCUCUUGCCAAGCAAGGUUUCUGUACAAAAUGUCCCAUUUUCACAUCACUUGCAAUAUUUUUCCAGCACAGGGACUCGACUACCUCAACAAAUUGUUCAAACUCGACUCCAAGUCCUUGCUCAAGACUUCUGAAGACGUGAACUUCCUCAAGGUGAUUGUGAACUUCGCCAUUCACAACGGGUCACCUCAAUUGGAUUCUUCAUCAGUAGAAAUGAAUCAUAGAACUGAACAAUUUUUAUCAUGAAAAUCUUGAUUUCGCUUGUUAAUUCUACUCUGCUUGAAACACUCAGAUGGAGCGUUUAAGAAAAAAAUCAAAUUAUUCAAAAAAAAAACUGGGGCUUGAGCACAGAAUGUUAACUUCCUCAAGUUUCUGCUUCAAAGAGUUCGAAGCCUUGGAAUGUAGAGCGAGAAAUGUUUUUCAGCAAUAUAUACGAGAAGCGAUGGAGGCGAUGGCGAUGGUCGACUACCCGUAUCCGACGUCGUUCUUGUCGCCGUUGCCUGCCUGGCCAGUCAGGGCGGCCUGCAAGUUCUUCACCAAGGUGCCUAACACCGACGUCAAAUCGGCCGAGCAGCUCUACCAAGUCGUCAACUUGUACUACAACUUCACUGGAGACAAGGCCACUUUCUGCGCCGACGCUUCCAAGUGCGAAAGUGCCUUCGCAGCUCUCGGAGAUCCUCUGGGCUGGCCUUUCCAGGUCUGCACCACCACUAAAGAAAGCUGUUCGGAAAUGAAUUUAUCAAGUAGGGAAAAAAAAAGCGAAUUUCAUUCUUUCCUCAAAAAUAAUAAUAUUUCAUUCAGAAAAAAGCCCCGAUGAGCUUUUAUACUUUUUUAUUUUAUAAUACUUCAUAAGAAGCUCUCAUCAUUUGAUAAUUUUUCUAAGAAUGGACAAGCAAAUAUUAGGUUGAAUGUAAGUUGGCAAAUAAAAAGAUAUUAUUUUCCGAGUGCUUCAGACUUGUACCGAGAUGGUAAUGCCACUGUGUGGAAGCGGAAGUCCAAACGAUUUUUUCUGGAGAGAUUGUCCAUUCACCGUUGAAAAGUAUGGCGACUACUGUGAGCAGACGUAAGACAGCUGGAAGGAGAAGAAGAUAGAAGUUGAAAACUUGCAGCUUUGGCAAAAUUGGGUACAAGCGCUCGAUGAUGAGACCUUUGUUUGCAACGCAGAACUAUGGAGCCAACUCCUUUCCGACAGCUUCGAACAUCGUCUUCACGUGAGUUCUGGAGUUUCGAGUCGAACUCAGGUAGUCUUCAGAAACGGCUACCUGGAUCCUUGGUCUGGCGGCGGCUACACGGAGAAGACCCACGGUUCUGUGGUGACGAUUCUUCUCAAAAGAGGCGCUCAUCACUACGAUCUCCGCGGAGAGCAUCCAGACGACACAGAAGAAGUUCGUCGAGUGCGACAGCGCGAAGAAUCUGCCAUCAGAAUGUGGAUUGCUUGA